AUGAACUACGUUAUGAAUCGUGAUUUACUAAAUGAAAUAAGUUCCGAAAGUAAUUUGAAUCAAUGUGUUAUUGACCUCACACCUCAACAAGAUUUAAGUGAUAAUGAAUUCACUUCUCAAGUAUUAGAUUCUUAUUUAUUUGUUGAUCCGAUUAGACGGACUUUGAUCGAUUAUAAUAAGUUUAGUUUCCUUAUUAAACACUAUCCUUCAUGCGAACUUGAAAACUUACGCUUUAAUUUUAGGGCCUUAAGACAUGCAAUUAUUGGUAUUCAAAGAUAUGAGUUAUCUGUCGAUGAUACUGGUAUGCGUAUUGAUCCAGCGGCUGCAAGGCAGGCUGGUCAUUUUUUGUCGACAGACAUCCAGAGGUAUAGCGUUAAUUCUACCGGUAUGGCAGGAUAUCAAAAUACCACAGCAACAAUAUAUGGAUAUUUCAUUUCCAAAUCCUGGAUAAAAUUACUGGGUCUUGGAUAUGAAGUUUCAAAUUUGGUUCCUAAAGAUGUAAAAUUAAAUAAAGAGAAGCCUAAUUUCCUAGUAAGUGGUAACAUGAAAGGCAUUAUUGCUAAAUGUGAUGAAAUUUAUGGAGACUCAUUUAAGAUUAAACCAGAACAGAUGGAACUUUGUGUUGAUGUUUGUUUUGGUUCCUCUGAUAUUAUUCCAGUGUAUGCUCUUCCUGGCUUUGGUAAAACAGUUAUAUUUGAAAUACCUUUGAAUAUAAUAUCAACUAAUAAAAGGAAUAAGCAUUUUGUUUCUUUUGUAUUUGUGCCAUAUAGCUGUCUUCUAGACGAUAUUAUGGAUCGUUUUAAGCUGUCUGGUACUUUGAAAAUUGGUGAAGUUAAAGAUAUUCUGCGCAAUCGUGGAUUUUGUGGUGAAGCUGAACUUACCUGUGAUGUUUAUUUUGGAACUUUUCAUGACUUCGGAAAAGAACAGUUCUUGAAUUUAAUCAACAAUUGGUAUGAUAUUUUUCAGAAUACUUUACUAGGUAUGAUGGUAAUUGAUGAAGCUCACAAUCUUGUUUGCGAACAGGAAUAUCGUAUGGACUCUUUUUUUAAUAUUUCUAAUAUCUGUUUUGACAAAGCUUGGAAGGUUUUACAUCUGUCUGGUACUGUUGGUGAAAAUAUGAUGGGAGAAGUGACUAAAUUUUUGGGAUAUAGGCAAGAUUUGACCUAUUAUGCUACUGAUAACAAAAAUAUUCUUUGGUAUAAUUUUGUUAAGAAUGUUCCUUUAAGUAGAAUAGAUAAGGAAUUCAUUCUUACUAAAGACAGAUCUGAAUCCAUUACUUUGGCCCUGCAAUUGGUUGAAGGAAUUAUUAAUACUAUAGAUAAUCCCAAAAUCAUUCUUGUUCGUAAGGAAAGGGAAAUGGUGGAGAUUAUAAAUCAAAAUUUGGUUAAUAACAAUAUUUCUUCUUGUUAUGUUCAUGGAAAAUUAACAUCUGAAGAAAAAACCAUUUCAUUCAACAGAUUCAAAAAGAACAAAGAAAAAAAAAUUCUUGUUGGAACUAAAUUGGUUUCAGAAGGUAUUAAUAUUCCAGAAUUGAAAUAUGUUAUUUUGGUUAAUUAUCUUCCUCAAAUUCACGAAUAUAUCCAGACUGCUGGAAGAAUUAGAGGGGAGAGUGCAUGUAUUACACUGUGGAAUGAAGCAUGUAGAGAUGAAUUCUCCAUCAAUUCCAAGUGUAUCGUGAGCCAAAUGAGUAGUUUCUAUGGUCUAGCAAAUAUAUCUGAGCAUGAAUCUUGUUGUGGUUCAUAUAAAUUUUUGAAUAAUAAUAAUAAUGAUAGGUUGUUGGAAGUGUUAGGUAAGAAGAAGGGAAAAAAAAUUAACGGGUUGAUAGAGGAAAGAAAUGAAAUUAUUAAAUCGAGUGUUGAGGAAGUUAUUAGAAAGAGAAAAUUUUGUACAUCAGGAACGAAUGAAAUGAUUCCUUCAAAUAAAAAGUUUCAUAAUGAAAUGGUCAAAAAUAAUAUUAAAGUUACUUUGAAAGAAGAUUUACAUGCAAAAUUUAAAAAUGCACGUAAUAUUUUUGAAUUCUUAGGAAUUACUGGAAAUUCUAAGUCAGCUUUGAUUGCUGAUGGUGUCGAACAAUCCUACUUUGAUUUUCUUCUUUAUGAUUCUGAUUUUGUUUAUUAUGAUUCUGAUUUAUGUUCUGAUUGUACAGGUACUGAUGGUAUCUGUUACUGUUGGGACAAAAAAUUCACUCUAAAGCAAUGUGGUAUUAGCUGUUUUACUUUUAUGAAAAUGGCUAUGACUGAUGCAAUGUAUUCUGCUGAAGUGACAGAGUUAGAAAACUCAGGUCUAUUAAAAUGUAUACUUUCUUUUAUUGAAAGAAAAUCUACCAUGAUGAAGUUAUUUGAUCAAAAUCUUAAGAGAUAUUGUAAAUUUGUUACCAGUCGGAGUACUUUCGAAGUGAAUGAAGCUCAUGAUUUCAGAAAGAUGGUAAAUACUUAUAACGUUAAAUGGAGAUAUCUAAAGCAAAAUAAGCUCGACAUCUUUUUGUAUUUCUAUAAUGGGUCACUUCAAGAUGCUCCAACAUUAUGGAACAAGCCAUAUGAAGAAUAUAUAACGGAACUUAAUCAAUCCAAUUUCAGCAAUUAUGCAAAUGCUUUAUUUAAGGCCACUGAGGAUACCAGUUUUGAAUUCUUUAAAUCAUUAUUUAAGUUUGACAAAUUAAAGCAAUGUUCAAAAUAUGAUCAAAAUAAAGAUAUGAUGAAUCGUGAAGGAAUUGGUAAUAAUGAAUCAGGUUUAGUUAUUGUGGAUGAUAAGAAAUUUCUCUUGAUGCUUAUUGGACUUUAUUAUAAUGUUGACUUUCGAAAACAUCUGAAGGUAUAUUUCAACAAGUUGCCAGAUGUAAAAAUGUUCCACCAAUGGGUGAAACUACAGAAGACUAGGAUUAAUAUUAAAAAGUUGGAAAUACCUAAUGCCAACGAACGUCAGCCAAUAUAUUAUUACUAUCAUAAAUUGCUUAUGGAAGCCAAAUAUCCUGAUGAUAGUACGGGCUACUUUUGUACUGGAGAUAUAUUAUAUGUGUAUAUUAAAAUGGAUAUAAAUCUUUGUUGUGAUGUUAAUGUGUAUUACUUAUAG